AAACGGGUUCUUAUGGUUCUGUGCGCAUCAGCCUGUAGAUGGCGCUGUAGAACGCUGUAUAAUUGUUUCCAUAAAUGACACGGGGAAGAAACAUAUUUCAUUACCAUAAGGAAGUAAAAUGACAAAGAGUUCCUUAAGUGUCUUUGAUGGGGCAUAGAUCGCUCUGGUGUUUCAGAGCAUUCAUAUCUUUAACUUUAAGUAAAAUACGAUUCUCAGCCGUGCGAAAUGAAAAGAUGCAUUUCCGUGUUUAUUGCUUGCAUUAUUUUAAUGGAUGUCUCGAGCAAAUGGCAUAGCAGGAGAAGCUUUGCCUUUACAAAGUUUAGAGGCUUUUCCUGGGACACCUGUGGAAAGCCAGAAGACCCAACUUAUGUGAAGACUCUUCAUGUGUAUCCAAACCCAAUUCCUUCACCGGGAUAUGUGAUGGCAUCUGCAUCUGCCUCCACAUCGCUGCACCUGCGCUCUCCCUUCAGUGUGAACUUGACACUGGAAAGAGAAGUUGCUGGUGUAUGGAUAAAAGUGCCUUGUGUUGAUGACUUGGGAAGUUGUUAUUAUCCUGAUGCCUGUGUGCGGCUGGCCCAGCUCUUUAUGUGGAUCCCGCAGCUCUGUCCUGAACCUAAACCUUCAUCUAGUGUCCCCUGUGGAUGUCCAUUCAGAGCUGGGGACUACUAUUGGCCAUCAUCUGGAAUUUACAUCCCAAAUUUUUCACUGCCUAACAGGCUGACCAAUUUCAGAUUACAGGUCGUUUUAGGAAACUCUGGAGAAGAGCUGGGAUGCAUUAAAGUCAGCUUCUCAAUAGCAUCAGUACUGUACAACCGACACAAUGAAAUGUAGCAAUCUGCUCUUUUCCUGGUUUUUGGGAAAGUGUCAAAAAAAGAGCCAAAUGUCCAGGACUAAAUUGAGAUGUUACGGGUUCAGGAUCAAACACUUGUAACCUCUACCGUUCCCAUCAUGAUUAAUGCACUAAUGUGAUGCAGUGGCAAAAGAAGCCAAUUCAGUUACUGAUUAAAAAAAACACAAAACUUAACAUUCAAAUCAGUAACAGUUUUAUUUUAGUUAUGUAUUAUAUUGUUCCCAUUGAAUCUUUAAUGCUACACUAUUAUUUUUUUAAAUCUUAUUUUCCUUUGUGCCAUAGCUUUUAAAUCUCAUUUGCACAGAUGUGUCAGUGAUGUCAGCCAUGCAAAAUGGCCAAAUAACCAAAAGUUUAAAUGUAUGCAAAUACUAAUGAGAUUUGAGAGCGGCAGUGGAGGGAAGUUGCUUGCACUGCUUAUAUGUUACUUUAUUAUCUGUUUUUAGCUUAAUUUCUCCUGGUCCCUGUAUGAUUAUGUUUUAUGGAGCAAAGUGCACAAAAUAUUUUGCUUUCCACAAAAGAACGUCAGUUAAGGCUGGAAUAGACUACAUAAAAUGUACAGUUUUGGACAGAUUUUAAACCCCUAUCAUUCAUACACUUGAUGACUUUGUGUGGAAACAGAGAAAAACUGUGGAGAUGCUGUGUGUUUAGUUGUGAAAGCAAUAAUACUUUGUUUGAUCUUCCAAAAGAGCACACAACUGGAAAUCAGUGGUUAAGUUGUAUUUACAACACUGUUCCAGAACAGUUCAACCCAAAUAUUCAGAUGUGUGUAGUGCAUUUUACAGAGGACUGUUUCCUGAACAUUUGAGUGUAGCUUACAACGCCUUCUGUGCACAAAGGUUGUUUCUAAAGUGGAGCAAUUCCAACUUUGCCAUGACAGUCUGGCGCUUCUGACUCACAUCCUGUCAGUACGUUUUUAUAUUUAAAGAAUUUGCCACCAAUGAUUUAAACGCAAGUUUUGAGCAGUUUAGAGUAGUGCUUGUUGUUUGGCAUUGCUCUGAUCACAAAGGCAGACGUGGUUUCAUGUUUACGUGGCGUGAUACACAAUGCAACGUGUAAAAAGACAGUAUAAGUCAUUAUAAUCAGUAAUUAUGUCCCCACUGGAUGCAACAAAUGCAGGGCCGGCCAGCGGUAUAGGCAAAUGCUAAGGGCGC